GCAGCGUGUUCCUUCCAGUGUUUGUCCCUGCCCCUAGUCGGACUGCCACUGAGCUUGGCUGAGCUCUGCCUGUUUGCUACUCCUGGAUAUACAGCCCUACCCUGUAUAAAGUGUCUGUGUGCAUGUGUGUUUGUGUGUAGGUGGCUGACAGGAUUCUGCAGCAUGAAUCCUUGCCCUUCUUUCAUUUUUUCUCUUGUUUCUGUUGUUUCUGGUGCCCCUGAAAUGACACUUUCACCCAAGGGCGAAGGCACACAAGUUCUGGACACUGUCUGUCAUCCACUUUUGCAUAAAAGGACCCGCAUCUCCUCGUUGUAAGAUGGGAAAUGCCUCGGAUUUGUUUGUUUCCAACAUAUCGAAAGAAAAUGACUUCCUCAUGGGAUCUAUCUAUACCAUUUUUGGGGUCCUAUCUCUUCUGGGCAAUGGCAUUUUGUUGUUUGUUGCCUAUCGGAAAAAGCCCUCCUUGAAGCCAGCCGAGUUCUUCAUUGUCAACCUAUCCAUCAGUGAUCUUGGGAUGACUAUGACCCUAUUCCCCCUGGCAAUACCCUCUUCUUUUGCACACAAGUGGCUGUUUGAUGAAAUCACCUGUCAGUACUAUGCUUUCUGUGGAGUCCUCUUUGGCCUGUGCAGUCUGACCAACCUCACAGUCCUCUCUUCUGUCUGCUGUCUGAAAGUCUGCUACCCUCACUACGGUAACAAGUUCUCCUCCUCUCAUGCCUGCUUCCUGGUGGUGGGGGUGUGGUGCUACGCCUCCAUCUUUGCCGCAGGGCCCCUGGCCCAGUGGGGUCGUUACAGCCCCGAGCCCUACGGGACAGCCUGCUGCAUCGACUGGAAGGCCCCAAACACAGAGCUGUUAGCCAUGAGCUACAUCGUCAGCCUCUUUCUCUUCUGCUACAUGGUCCCCUGCACCAUCAUCUUCGUCUCCUACAUCUUCAUCUUCCUGACCGUGCGCGGCUCCCGCCAGGCCGUUCAGCAGCACGUCUCUCCGCAGAACAAAACCACCAACGCCCACAACCUCAUCGUCAAGCUGUCCGUGGCCGUGUGCAUCGGUUUUCUGGUGGCGUGGAGUCCUUAUGCUGUGGUCGCCAUGUGGGCGGCCUUUGGAGACUUUGGCAGAGUGCCGCCCAUGUCCUUCGCCCUGGCCGCCAUCUUCGCGAAGUCCUCCACCCUCUACAACCCCAUGGUCUACCUGGUGUUCAAGCCCAACUUCCGCAAGUCCCUGUGCCGGGACGCGGCUCAGUGCCGGCGCCAGCUCUGCUCCUGUUUGUGCAGCUGUGAGCCCAGGUCCCCGGAGAGGGGCUCUUGCAACCGCUCUCAGCACAACAAGGAUACCUGCAGCUCCGGCCGCCUCUCAAACGGCCUGCCCGAGUGCCACCAGGCCUGCCGGCACUGCCCAGAGGCGGCGGCGGGGUGCCUGGCCACGCCCCAGAGAACUGCGCGGAUCAUGACCGGCUCCACCCACAGCGAGGUGGCCGUCAGCCAGCUCUCCAAUGAAUUUCAGAGUGACUUCCUCUAGAAACCCUCAUUGAUACAUAGGGGAGAUGGAUGGAGGAGUGUGUGUGUGUUUGUGUGUGUGUGCCUGUGUAGUUUGUGUGUUUGUGUGUAUGAGAGAGUGUGUGUAUGUGCGUGUGUGUGUGUGUGCGCAUGCAUGUGUGUGUGUGUGUGUGUGUGUUUGUGUGAUGACAGCAGCAGCACUUUGCCAUAUUCAGUUACCCAGGGAACCCGCACCCGAUAAGCCAUGUGGCAAACACGCCAAACUUACUGCAAAAUACACAACAGACAGGGAAACAUUGUUGAUGCACAAGUUUGUGUUGGAUCAAAUACACAAAGUUUGAUUUGUGGGUGUGUGUGUGUGUGUGUGUGUGUGUGUGUGAGAGAGAGAGAGAGAGAGAGAGAGAGAGAGACAGAGAGAGAGAGAUGAUGCAUUCACAUGGACUCACCUUCUACUACGACCGAGUACAGGUGUUUACAUAUAUAUUUUUUGCAGACCACAAGAUCUGCAAAAAAUGUAUAUGUAACUAGGAUUUUGGUCCUUCCAGAACAUUGAUUCCCAUAACAAUUUCUGAUCAAACUAUGGAAGAUGAUCUAUGUUAUCUCAGAAAACACUAAAACGCCAUGUUUGUGAGAUUCUUAGUUCUGUAAACCUAAGAAAACUGAAAAACCAUUUUAUGUUCGACUGUCAAUUUAAAUGUUUCUCUGUGCAAUCCUAACACGUUUAUGAUUAAUAAGAGUGAUUGGUUUGAAGAGACCAGAAGUAAUAUUUGCAGUAAAUUAUGCUUGUUAUGCAGAGAUCUAGUUUAUCAGUAAACAUUUAUUUUCUGCCAUUAACUAUUGGAGAGAUGUAAAUGUGAGCUUCAAGUGAACAUACUGUGAAAUAAGACACUUUCCAGCUAUGGUAUUUUACACAGGAUUAACACACUUGUUUACACUCAUACAUCCUCUGGGCUCAGGGCAAAAUUACUAUUGCAUGUGAGGAUGUCCUGGAUCCAAACUAUUAUGCUGUUGACCCAGGUCAUUUUGAUGUAGGAAACCUUUAGCUCACCUCAGGUACAGCUGACCUAAAGCUAAAUUCAGUGGAAAGCAACAUAAACCUCAGCUACCUGUUGCGGGUGAUAUCUUAAAAUCCGUUAAAAAUUUACACUUAUUUUCCUGAGCUAAAAAAGGUGCCAGACUACCUCCAGCAAGCAAUUAGAAAAUUACUCAGAAGAUGAAAGAGGGAUGGAAGGCUGUGAUGUAGGGCAGGGGUUACCACCAGGCUUUUAACGGGAGUGCUUUAACUGAAUCAAACCAUUAUGGAUGAAUGCAGGAAAUGGAAAUGCUAAAAUUGACCCAUGUUGUGCAUUGAUUAUAUUGAAUUUUGUGUCGGUGACUCAUUUUGUGGCAACUCCCAGAGAAAGUCUUGACUUCAUCACUGCUCAACUGAGAUAUAUCUAAACCAGUAAGAACAUAUACUUAAGAUUGCAUUCCCCACACACACACACACACACACACACACAUGCAGACACCCAUGCAUCGAAUUGUGGAGAAAAGCAGUGUUAGAAAUUGUGCUGUAAGCAGUCUGGAUGGUGUUGUAAUGAAAAUAUUUAUUUUUUGUCCUUUUAUUUUGACCCAACGGUUUUUUUUGUUUUUGUUUUUCAAGAAAAUGAAUGCUUGUUAUAUUUUACAGGAAUUUGGGGAUGCAAAAGAAAGUGUUACCUGCCCAACAUAUUUACACAGUGUUAUGAAAAAAUGGCAACAAAGUUUAAUCUUAUCAAGUAGCCUUUGUCUAGCAAGCAAUUUUUGUAUGAAUUUUUGAGAGGUGAUGGUAAUGAGGGUUUCAGUUAUGUCAUGUUUGAAAACGGAAAGUAUUUUUAGAUAUUGCUCGUUAACAUUGUAGCCACAAAUCAGCUUCUGCAAUUUUCCUGGCAUGACCAAACUCCACUGUCAGAAUCAAAACCAUAAUCAUCAAACUUAAAUAACUGAACAAAAAAAAAAAUGUCAAAUUGGUGAAUUCAUGUGAAAGUUGUGUACAUGUUUGAACGUGUAUUUGUUUUAUUUUUGUAGAAUCUUAUUUACAGCGGUGAAAAACCAAAACAAAACCUUACUAAAGUAUGUUCAUGGUCUAACAUGUCAGAAUCUCAAUAUUUAUGCAAUGGUGCUCCAAUCCUGUUUGGUAGCCUGGAGAUCCAUCAUCGAUAACUAACAAUGCAAAGCAUCUACUCAUCAGUGACAAUCAGGUAUCUUUUUGAACUUUUUUUGUAUAAAUAUGUUAAAUGAAGAUUUGUUUUUGUUUCCAUGACAUAAACACUUUAAUGCUAUUCAAAAUGCCUUCUCAAUGAACAUGUAUAAAAAUGUAUAUAGUUAUAUUUUUAAGUAUAUUUGGGGGAAAAAACUAGUCCGCUGCUGUUACUGUGGUGUCUGAAAGCUAUUUCACCUAGACCAAAAAUAAAUAAUAGUGUAGAUAUAUAAAGCAAACAUUGAAGCUUUUAAAUUGCUUUCAACAAGGAAAUGCAUGAGGUGAGACUAGCCUCUUGCUUAUACCACUUCUUGACAGAUUGUAAACAUUUACUGUGAAUUUCUGUGUUUACCAUCAUUGCACUUUGUUACAUGAUCAUCUCAUAAUCAUCCAUUCAAUGCAAUGCAUGUUUCAGAUUGAAGUCUGUGGAUAGUCUUGUAUUUUUACAUAUUUCAUUGAUACAUAUGUAUGUUUUGGUGUGCCUGUGUUUAUCAUGUAGAUAAUUAUUUUCC